AUGCCCGAAGGCAACAGCAAAGAGACAACGAAACACGAAGAGGGUGGAUCAUGUCUGCCAAAGUCUUCACCCAUAGUUAAAGCUUGGGAAUUUGUUAAUAACUAUCUGUUAGCAAUUGGAAUCAUUUUGAUAGUGAUAAUCGGUUCCCAGUGGCCGGAAUCAGGGAUAAUUCUCACAAGAACUUACUUUUCCUACGUGAGCCUCGCUCUUUGUUUCUUUUUCUGUGGCCUACGCACGAAACUGGAUGAACUUCAAGUAGCAGUUAAGUCUUACAAAGCAAUCGCAUGGGGAAUCUUGACUAUUCUUCUUGUAGUGCCAGUUGCGGGAACUCAAAUCACUAAGACGAUUCAGUUUGCAACUAUGGUCGAUGAGAAUUUGAACACUUCACAAUCAGCAGUUGUUGGAAAUGUGACCGCCAUCGGUCCCACCGAAUUUGCGUUCGCACUUCAGGUGUUUUUUGUCGUCCCGGCAAGCUUGUCUGCUGCUGCUAUCUUGGUAAGACAUCUGGAAGGCGGGUUAACUGAUAGGAAACUGUUAAAACGAUAAUUGGUGGGGGAAAUGCCGCAUUUCCGCGAAUAAGCGCCCGGGUUCUUAUCUAAAGUUUCGGCUAAAAGGAUGGGCGCUUAUUUAAAGGAGGGCGCUUAAUCGAAGGGAGCGGGUAAUACUAGUUCUCCUGUUGUUAAUCAAGAGUACCUUGAACCCAUCAUAGAGUUUACACUCAGAGUUAUCAAUAAAGCGGGAAUAGAAACAGAUUUUCCUUGUAUAUCCCUACUGUUAAAGGAAGUGAUUGGGGAGGGGGGGGGGCGCAUAUUCGAGGGUAGCCUGAAUUUCAGACGAUUACUUCGAGUCGUUUUUACUCCUUCAGUAACUGAGGGAGUAAAAACGACUCGAGGUAAUCGUCUGAAAUUCAGGCUAAUUCAGAGGAAGCGCUUGUUUGAUAUUUUAGCCCAGCGGGUGGACGCUUAAUCGGAGAAGGGCGCUUAUUAGAGCGAGGAAAUACGCCUAGUAUAUGCCAAGUUCAAAGAUUAGAUCAGGGAAGCCACCAGCUCAAACCACUAGAUAGUUACUGAUUAAGGAUGUCAGUGUGUCUUUGGCUUUGGCAUUAUUAACUUUGCGUUUCUAGCAACUUAAGCACUAGGACUUCCAAAAGCACCAGCUUCCUUAGAUAGACUCAUCUUUAGGGAUGGUGGAACAAGAGGACGCUGCUUAAGACAAUUACACAUGAAUUUUCGACAAAGUGGUCGACACACCCUCUACAACUGAUUAGUAGUUUUAGUCUAACAGAACGGCACCUUACCAAGGGUGUCUCAACUCGUUCUGAAAAUCACGUGUGAGACCUGUUUGUUAAAAUGUCAUAUUUUUUCUUCUUUUCAGUCCUUAUUAGCCGGUGGUAGUUUCCCUCUCGCGAUGUUGCUGAUGGCAGUAACAAAUGUUGUGUCCGUGUUUACUGUGCCGCCGAUGCUGGUUUGGUUGACAGACCUCAACACUGGUGUAAAUUUAUCAAGAUUCGGCAUUCUUAUGCUCGUGUUUUGCCUCGUAACUCUACUCCCAACAAUCGUAAGUAGCACUGAGAACUUGCCGCGUUCCUUUCUCGAACUUACCCACAUAACUCUUCGUCACCCUGGCUCCGGGUUUGCUCAGUUGAGCAAAACAGCUCAUUGAAACUUGAGCUUUCUAGUCUUUUUUUUGUUUGUUUUCCCCUUAUGGGCUUUACUUCCACAUACCUUCGUAAGUAGAGCUGAGUGGAUAGCCCAGUUAUUUCAAAAGCAAUAGUGGUGCUAAGGUCGCGAGGGACACCUUGGGCUCAUUGCAUUUAUUUAAAACGUGUGCACGAAGUACAACGACUGAUAUCGACAGGUUUACGAGAUAUUCAUAACUGGAUAAAAGAUUAAAUGAAAGUGUUCAACAAGUGCACGUGUUACACGCAGGCUCCAAACAAAACGUUUAUUCAAAAGUAACAAAUGGCUCUGAAUCAAACCUUGUUUCAGUGAUUUUUGAUAAUAUGAAAAUGAAAAUUUCUAAACCUAGAGGUUUUGACUGAGUUUAUUAAUAGCUGAUUACAGAGUGCUGUCUUCUAUUCUAUCCGCAAAUUUGGACACAAAAUCACGAUUCCUAAUUUGGUACAACUGUGUCUUUGAGCAUCGCUAUAAAGUGUGAUCUAGCAAAUAAAAAACAACCCUCCUAAACUUCGAUCAUUUCAUAACGUCUCUGUAAAAUUUUAUCUAAAUCGCCUCUAAAACAGUCGAGAUAUAAACGUUUUAAAAGAUGUAGCACAAGCAAAACUUUGCGUCAUGAAUUUAUUCAUAGACAGUGUCCCCCGCGGCCUUGACGGCGUAUAGAUUUGUAACUCCACUGAAGAGUUAAGCGUUGGUGAAUUAAAGAAAAUCCCUCGACAGAUUUAAGUUUCCAAUAAUAGGUUUUUUAAAAUGUUUUUAAGGAGUAAAACAAUCUUUCUUUUAAACAAUGUUUUGAACAAAAAAGGUAUCGUCCUUUGUUAUCAACGAAAGCCUGCGUUGAAGAUUAUAUAGAAUACGCGUUUAUUUUACUUCAGACGUGUAAUUGUUCUUUGCAUGCAAUGCGUGCCUAUUUCUUUCAGAUCGGCUGCUUGCUUAGAAUUGUCCGGACGGUUCGCGAAAAAGUGGAAUCAUAUAACACAGGCGUCCAAUACACCAUAAUAAUCCUGUUCGUUCUCUCUACGUGGUCUGAAGUGAGCAUGGCACAAGUCGAGGAAGAGUUUAAUAACAUUGUUUCCAUGAACAUACUCAUCGUGGUGGGUUACUCUUCAAUAAUGCACAUCAUGUUUCUACUUUUAAACUGGAUCGCAAGUGGAUUCCUAGAACUCAGUUUACCAGUGAAGAAGACCAUAGUGAUUACUGGAAGCCAUAAGGCAUUGUCUUUUGCCCUCAAGGUUAUCAAGUUUCUCUCCACUGAUGUUGGCUCCAAAAGACUCAUGUCAAUCGUUUGUAUCAUAGCGUACUUGACGCUGCUUGUUCUUGACUCGGUCAUUGUGUGCAAAUGGGCCACGAUCACCGAAGAUGAUGAAAAGGAUGAAAAAAGGUCAAACAAAGAUGGAAAAUAUGGAACGAUAUCGCAACAAGAUGACUAA